AUGGCUCCCAAGGCCGAUAAGAAGCCUGCCGCCAAGGCCCCCGCUACUGCCUCCAAGGCCCCUGAGAAGAAGGAUGCCGGAAAGAAGACUGCUGCCUCUGGCGAGAAGAAGAAGCGCACCAAGGCACGAAAGGAGACAUAUUCUUCUUACAUCUACAAGGUCCUCAAACAGGUCCACCCCGACACUGGUAUUUCCAACCGUGCUAUGUCGAUCCUGAAUUCAUUUGUCAACGAUAUCUUCGAGCGCGUUGCAACUGAGGCCUCUAAGCUCGCUGCUUACAAUAAGAAGUCGACCAUCUCUUCUCGCGAAAUCCAGACAUCUGUCCGCCUCAUUCUUCCCGGUGAACUCGCCAAGCACGCGGUGUCAGAAGGCACCAAGGCGGUGACCAAGUAUUCCUCAUCGACGAAAUAA